UCAGGAUGAAGAAAUCUUAUUUUGUUCUGAUUGGUCAACUACUUCAUUCCAUGAAUAAGAUUUACGAAUACACUCUCGGCAGUAUGAGCACGUGCAACAGUGCGACUGCAACCAUAAAGUAAAAUAAGCAACGAGGAAUUAAAACUAAUUUAUGUGAAUUUAUAUAAAAAAUGGGUAAACCAUAUUAUGGACAAAAAAAUAAUAAAUCUUGGAUAUAUCGACAAAAGAUAAAAUCAAGGAAGCUUAACGAUACGAAUAACACAAACAAUGCAGAUGAAAAUGGUCAAAAUUCUCGAAUAAUUGUGAGAAAUUUGCCCUUUAAGGUAACAGAAGAGGAUAUAAAAAAGUUUUAUAAGCCAUUUGGUGAAAUUACAGAAAUAAAUCUUCUAAAGCGUCCAGAUGGAAAUUUAGUUGGAUGCGGUUUUAUACGAUUUAAACAUAUGGAAGAUGCUUCAAAAGCAAUAUUUAAUACCAAUAAAAAGGAGUUUCUUGGAAGAACUAUAAGUUGUAAUUGGGCUAUAUCAAAAUCUAAAUUUAGAGAGAAACUUGAGAAAGAUCUUUCUGGAAAUCAAGAAGUUGAUAAAAAUGAAAAACAACUUUCUCAAGAUGCUCAAAAAGAAGAGAAUGAAAAUAACAUACAAAAGAAGAAAUUCACAAAAGAGAAAGAUAAUUUGAACAAGCUGAAAAAAAGAAAGCUUCAGAAAAUGAAGAAACAGAAAAAACGAGCUAGAAUUGUAAUACGAAAUUUAUCUUUCCAGGCUACAGAGGACAAUUUAAAAGAAUUUUUUUCUCAAUAUGGUGAAAUAGAUGAAAUAAAGAUUUUAACCAAACCUGACGGUAAACAAACCGGAGUUGCGUUUGUACAAUUUAAUGUUGUACAAAAUGCUGCAAAAGCUAUACAUCACGCAAAUAUGCAAUCUCUUUUAAACAGGCCUAUGAUAGUUGAUUGGGCUGUUCCUAAGAAUAAAUUUUCUGAAAAUAAUGUAGAUGUAAAACCUGAAAUCAAAACUGAAUCUACUGAUGAAAAUAAAGUACAUGAUACUUCAGAAAUAACAGUAAUUGAUAAUAGUGAGGAUGAGAAUAGUGAAGUGGAUGCUGAAUCAAACAGUAAGGACGUCUCAAUGAAGAGUAUACAAGAGGACAUUGAAUCUGAGGAAGAAGACACAGAAAUUAAGCAUGAAGUAGAAGAUACUGAUAACGAAAAUGAUAAUGAUAAUGAUAGUGAUGAUGAUAGUGAUGAUGAUGACAUCAAUAUUACUAUUGAUCAGUCCGUCAUUAAAACAGAAGAGGAAAGUGAAAAGAAUUGUUUUAAUGCAAAACAUCCACGACAAAUAUCUAAUGAUGUUAGUGAAGGAAGAACAGUUUUUCUAAAAAAUGUACCAUUUUCUGUUAAGAAUGAUGAACUUAAAAGUUUUAUGGAACAAUUUGGACCCAUUUAUUAUGCUCUUGUAUGCAUUGAUCCUUUGACUGAAUAUUCCAAAGGCACUGCAUUUGUUAAGUUUAGAAACAUUGAAGAUGCUGAAAAGUGUUUAUCAGCUGGAACUGAGUUACGUUUACGUGAUCAAAUAAUUGAAGCACAUAGAGCAUUACACAAAAACGAAGUAGGAAAUAAAACGAAUUUGAAGAAACAAAAGACUAAAGAUUCCAGAAAUUUAUACCUUGUGAAAGAAGGAGUUGUGUUGGCUGGAAGUCCAGCCGCGGUAGAAGUAUCGAUGUCCGAUAUGGAACAACGUCUGAAAUUAGAACAAUGGAAAUCGCAAAUGUUACGUAACUUGAACAUGUUCAUAUCAAGAGUGCGACUCGCUGUUCACAAUCUACCGUCCAAUCUUGAUGAUGCAGAACUUAGACAAUUAUUUAAAAAUCAUAGCGGACCUAAAGCUAUUAUUAGAGAGGCCCGAAUUAUGCGUGAUUUGAAAAAUGUUGAUGCAACUGGAAAAGGAAAAUCAAAAGAAUAUGGUUUUGUUACAUUUACAAGUCAUGAGGAUGCGCUUAAAGCUUUGAGAAGUAUAAAUAAUAAUCCAAAUAUAUUUUCCAAACACAAAAGACCUAUAGUCGGAUUCUCGAUAGAAAACCGUAUUUUGGUAAACGCAAAGGAAAGAAGAAUUCAGAAAAGUCGCGAUCGCAAUCCCUUGUGGUCUGGAAAUAAAAAUAAGAGGAAAAGCGAAGACAAGGAAGAAACAUCAAUCAAACGAGUUAAAGUCAGAAAAGUAGUUGAAGACGAAUUGAAUGAAAAAUCAUAUACUGGUAUUACUGGUAAAUUAGGUCAAGACAAAUUAAGAUCAAAUUUCAAACUUAAGUCACAAGCUGACUUGCAUAUGCGGACUAUGAAAAAGCAGAAGAAAUUAACUAAAACAAUUAAACAAUUGGAAGUUGUGAAAAAGGCGAAAACAAAGAAAAUGCAAGACAAUAUGCCAGCGACAAAGCAAGUAAAGAAAUUUGACACAGAUACGAACGAUACAAAUUUUAAUAUGCUUCUAAAUAAUUAUAGAAACAAAUUGAAAGAUAUUAAUCUUAAAAAAUCGAAGUGGUACGAAUCCUCAAAUGGAUCUUAAAAUGUAUUAAAGUGAAAAGAAUCAUAAUAAUAUAUGUAUUU